UCUGAAGAUCCGGGAAAGUAGGAAGAAACAAGGAAGUGUAGUUAGCAAACAGCAGGCAAAGUACAAGCUAACCUACAUCAGUAGGUCUGUUGCGCUGUUAAACCUUUGUCACUGUCUGUUCACCUAACGUUAUAUCAAAAUGCCUGAAAGACAAGUAUCACGGAUUCACGCAAUUAACACUAGUGCAAGUGAUGGACUGGAGGGGUUCAAGGCACAUGCUGUGUUCCAGGAAAUCAACAAAAAGCUUCAGGAGGAUGGAGAGCAGUUUGUGAAAAAGAUUGGGGGAGUGUUUGCCUUCAAAGUGAAGGAUGGCCCGAAUGGACAGGAGGCAACUUGGUUUGUGGAUGUGAAGAGUGGCAAAGGCUGUGUUCACAAUGAUACAGCUAAGAAAGCAGACUGCACCAUUUCCAUGUCAGAUUCAGAUUUGUUGGCCUUAAUGACUGGGAAGAUGAACCCACAGACUGCGUUUUUCCAGGGCAAGCUGAAGAUCACAGGAAACAUGGGACUAGCCAUGAAGCUUCAAAACCUGCAGCUGCAGCCUGGCAAAGCCAAGCUGUAGAUGAGACAUUGGAGCUACCUGUACCUACACCUCUGAACACUGAAUAGAGUUAACCACCAAGAGUUUAACAGCAAGUCUGAUUUCAGAUAAAUGUUACAGGGUUGUAAGCCCUCUCAUCACUGGACUGAGCCACUGUUUCUACUAGUGACCUCACUGACUGACCAGGGGAUAGAUUAGUCAGCAGCUCCACCAGUCUAACUGGAGAAAAAGGUAGAUGGAAUGAUAGUUAUUUGUCUAAUCAAGUCCCUGUCUGCAGGCCCUCUCAUGAUAACACUGUCAGUAGACUAGAGUAGAGACAGGUGCUCCUACUUUGUGAUACUAAUUCACUUCAUGUCCACUUUUGACUUUCCAAAUUUCCAAUAUGUAUUACUGAUGAAAUCUUUGAGUGUAUUGUGUCUGGAGAUGUUGUGAGUAGAGCAGAUUGAUGUUGUUUCCCACAAUCAUGGACACCACAGUCUAAGUGCCUCCUUGUCUCAGAUUAACAGUUUUUAGCCAACAACACAGAAGUGUUUUUAACUGUGGCCGCCCACUGUUUUAAUGGAGGGGGUUGUAAUUUUCUGCCGUGGUAUCCUUAUUGUUUGAAUCUCUAAAAGAUUUCUACCAAAUAAAUUUGUGCUGCAAGGUCCAUUGGGUGGUCUUGACUCGUGUCUGUUUUUGUUAGGCAGGAGCUGUUAUUUAGCACAAGUCCAUGACUAAUUACCUUGACUUUCUGUUUCUAAUAAUUUUGCAGACUUUAACAAAAAGCCCAGAACAGUUUAUGUGUGAAAUAAAAUGAAUUUAACAACA